UAUAUAUAUAUAUUAUAUUACGUAGUCGAAAUAAUACAAAAAUAGGAAAAACGUAUUCAAAAUUGCAGAUUAAAAAAGAUAUUAUACAAAAUUGAAGGGAAAAGCAUAUCAUUUUGGGAAAAAUUUUAGAAAAUACAAUUUUAAAAAAUACAAAACUUUAGAAAAUAAAAUUUUCAUUCUGUUAAAAAUUUAUCACUGUUAUUGUAUACGCAUUGUUAUCAAGAGUGACGAUGCUUUUCUGUUACUUUACUCACUCGUUUCGUCUCCAUGACACGAAUAAACAACAUUAAUAGUUUUGUAAAGAGUUUACUCGUGAAUUGCAAAAGUAAUGCCAGAAAUUGCGAUCACUCCGAAAAGCUCGUCUUCCCUGAGUGUUUCAACAAGCUCGAGGGAAGGGUCGAAUCAAUGUUUCGCUAAGAAACAGCUGACGAGAUGCAUGCAACAUAAGUUUCUAACGUACUCGCAACUUCCUGUAAGAUGUCAGAGACCCAAUCGAUAUUAUCGUCCUCCCAGGACCUCUUUCAGAUUAGCCAGUCUUGCAACAGUUAAUCAUAAAGCCACAAUCAACACGACGAAAAGCUGUCCGGACAAUUCAACAUGCUCGAUCUAUCAUGUUAUCGAUACAUCACGUUGCAAAAAGAGUUUAUCCAUGAUUGAUUUUUCACCUUUGAUAAUGGAUGCUGAAAACGGCGAUCUUAGAUCAGACAGUAGUUCAACCGCGGAGAAAUUCGAAGAAAAUGAUAAAAUCAAGGAGACCAUUGGCAACGAAAUGGGGAUCAGCGUCGGUAUCAGGAAGUGGAUGGACGGGUUCGCCACAUCGGAAUCCGAGCAAGCGUGUUCUCAGUUCUUUCAAAAUCCAAAGAAAGCUGCGUAUUUAGUGUGUCACGUGCUUAUGUUGAAUGCCUGGAGAUGUAGGCGCAGUGAUGUUCAAUAUCUUCGUGGCACGAUCGACGAUUUGAACCAGCGGAUCGAACACUUGCAUCUACAAAUCGUUGUACUACGACGGUUACUCGACACGGAGAAUAGUCGUGUUAGCAAACUGACUGGCGAUAUUCAUCGUGUUAAAAUUCAGUUCGAUGAAACGCUGAAAGAAAAGAAUACAUUGAAAUCGGAAAAAGUAAAAAUGGAAGACGAGAUUAAAUGUUUGACCGAGCUUUCCGAGGAGAGACUGGUUGCAACGGAAAAUGUACGAAAUGAGCUGCUUACCGCGCAAAAUCAACUUCGUGCGCUCGACGAACAAAUGUCGAAGGAUCGAGAAAAUGAAUCGUUAGCAACUGAAAGAGGAAUGAGAGCAGAUAAAGCUGAGUCAACCGUGGAGGAUCUACAAUUGAAACUCGCUACGCAGAUUGCUCUAGUUGAAUCUUCGCAGGAACAGAUAGAACGAUAUUCAAAAGAGUUAAAAGCUAAAGAAGAUGAGAAAAUCAAAUUGUUAAAGCUUUUAAAGUCGAGCGAAGAUACGGGGAGAAAUUCACACUUGCGAGCGAUUUCUCUAGAGGCUCAGCUAGUUGAUCGAGAGAUAGCUCUGGAACGCAUGCAGGUCGCAUACAAUUCACAAUUAGCGGAAUUGAAUGAACUGAAAGAACGUUUAAUACGCCAAUCCCAAGAAGGGGGAUGGAGUACUAGAAUGUUGCAAAUAGCUGGUAGUGUUGUACGGGCGCCAAGAGCUAUACUACGCACUUUAUUAUCGGGUCCAUUGUUGUUUGAGGAUGAUAGCCUCGUACUUCGAGUUCCAUUUUGGAACGGAGGAUUUAAAAAGUGGAAGUUCAAGGGUGACGAUGAUUGUUUGAUAAAAGAAUGGAGCAAGGGAAGAUUUUACGUUCAAGUUAAGGAAGAUGAAUUAUAUACGCUUGCGAAGAAAUCAAAGAAGACAAGAACAGUUUCAAAACGAUAGCAAAUUUUCGGGUACUCUUAUUACUAAAAUUAUAACUAAAAUUAUAUUUUUUUUUUAUUUAUAUAU